AUGCCUAGUCACUCCUUUUCCCUCGCCAGCAUCUUGCAAUAUGUCGUCUUUGGUAUACUGGGAUACGUCCUCGCGGGUGCACCCCUGCUCUCCCUGUUCACAGGCACCACAAGCGAGAGUAGAAAAACAAGAGCUAGUCUUGGGCGACCGUCGGCACUGAGCCAGGACAAGGCUGCUGGUCUGGUUGUUCCUGAUGGCAACCUGAGCUGCACGGAGCAUACGUAUAGGGGCUUGCAUGUGUUGAGUCGCGACCCAUUGGUUGUCUAUGUGGAAGGCUUCUUAAGGGAGGAUGAGGUGAAGCAUAUCGUGGAUGUCAGUCAGAAGCACUUCACGCCGUCCACGGUCUGGAGUUCCGGCCAGGAACGACUCGAUCCCAGCGUCCGCCUCUCAGAAAAAGCACCCGUGCCGCGCUCCCCAAUUGUCCGUUGUAUCGAGGAGCGUGCGCGUGCCUUUCAGGGUUGGCCACCCUACGUCUUCGUCGAGAAGCUGUGGGCGCAAAAGUACGGGCCCGGCGGUCACUACGCCUACCAUUACGACUGGAGCAAUGCGUUACGCGGUGCAGGGCGGAUCAGCAGUUUUAUGGUGUGGUUAGGAGAUGAGUGUGAAGGCGGGGGAACGAGGUUUCCAAGGUUGGAAAAGCCGAAAGGUGAGGCGUGGUGCCGGUUCGUUGAGUGCGGAGAGGGCAGCAGUGGGGAUGAAGGCGGUGGCGAUGAGAACGAUAUUGGCAUGGGAGUGACAUUCAAGCCGAUGAAAGGCAACGCAGUGUACUGGGAGAACAUGAAGGCUGAUGGGACGGGAUACGAAGAGAGUUGGCAUGCGGGACUUCCUGUGACGAGCGGGACCAAGAUUGGGCUUAAUAUCUGGAGCUGGCUCCAGGAGGGGUACAAUCCUUAUGCUCCGCAAGACGCUGUCUGA